AUGUCAACUUUCUACGAUGAAUUAAGUCCAUUUUACCAUGUGAUCUUCGAAGAUUGGGAUCAGUCUGUUGACCGUCAAGGUCUUCAACUGACAAAGAUUAUUCGAUCGUAUUGGCCAGAACAUCAAAAACUCUUGGACGUCUCUUGUGGAAUAGGCACUCAAGCUAUUGGCUUGUCCAAAAAUGGAUACAAUGUCACGGCCUCGGAUCUCUCACCGAACGAGAUUCAACGAGCGAAACAAGAAGCUGAAAGACAUGGUCAAAUGAAUAUUUCAUUUUCCGUUUGUGAUAUGAGAACAGCUUUUGAACAUCAUGGUGGAGAUUUUGGUAUUGUCGUUUCAUGUGAUAAUUCGUUACCUCAUCUUCUUACCGAUGACGACAUUCUAGCAGCUCUAAAACAGAUGUUUUCGUGUUUGCGACCAGGUGGUGGAUGUUUAAUUACAAUUCGUGAUUAUGAUCAGGAACAACUGCGUGGAAAGAAUAUGGUGAAACCUNAGAUGUUUUCUAUUUCAAUUGCAGCCGUUCUAUUGUUUAAGAACGAGAUCAGGUACUUGAUGAUGUAUUGGGGAAGACGUAGAUCGUUAAGCUUGUAUAUCAAACCAUCGUGCCAGACUGAUCGAAUAAAUAUGGCAAUGAUAUUCAUGUUCUUCUGA